ACUAAACCAGCCAAAAUGAUCUUCAAUCUUCUUAGUUAUUUCAGUUCCGAGUCUUCUUAAUAAAAUAUAAAUAUGGGUAUCGAAAGCGAAGAUACUGCAUUUUUAGGCCUAUUUGCCCCAAUCGAAAGUGGUCAAUGUGAGAUAUGCGGGGAACGUCACAUUGUAGAUAGCUGUACGCUGAUAGAAGGAUUCACCGAUCACAUAUGCGACACUCCCACCCUCUCAUAUGCUCGCCUCACAUUGCCAGACGGACUUGAAGUACGAGAAUUGUCUGACGGGUCAAAAACUGUUAUUACCACCAAACCGAUAUCCAAAGGAUUGAAGUUUGGACCAUUCAUUGCCAAGACUUCUACGUUGAUUGAUGUCAGAAUUGAGUUUCCAAUUAAGGUAUUUCUAAAUGAAUCAGAGAGCGUUUAUCUAGAAACUUAUGAAGAAAUAUUUUGCAAUUGGAUGUGCCUUGUGCUUCCUGCCAGCUCAGCUGAGGAGCAAAAUAUGAUAUGUUUCCAGGUAAAAGGAAGUAUUUAUUUCUGUAGCCUGCGAAAUAUUGAAAAAGGCGAAGAGCUUCGUGUUUGGUAUGCUCCGUACUAUGCUGAAAAAAUGGGUGCUCACUCAUUCCCAAGACCAUCCAAAUUAAUACACAGCUCCGAUGAAGAAUUCCAGGAAAUUUUUGAGUCUUUACAAAGGGGGAUUGAAAUGCAAGAUCAUCAAUACCUCCCCAAGUUAAGGAAAAGAAGAAGACCACCAAAAAAGUUAAUGCAUGAAGAAAAUUACUACCGUGAGAUGCCGCCUGAUGUGCUCCCAGGAGAGUUACUGGGUGCCGAGCGUCGCAGUGAGUGGGAGUGUUCCACCUGCGGCCAGGUGGAGGAGAACGUAGCUGCGUUUGCUCGACAUCUCAGGACUCAUCUCCGCCUGUCAAAACCCUCUCUGCGCUGCCCGCAUUGCAAGGUCAACUUCCGCAAGGACAUUAGUUAUCGAAUACAUCUAGAAAUAUGUAACAAAAAAGCACUGGAAAAAAACUCUAAUGCAAAAAAUUUAUCAGACUUAGGCCUAAACCAAACCAUUUAUACUGUAAAAGUCGUGAACCCUGGUGCAGCAAUAUCGUCAGACGUUAUUAGUGUGGAUGAUAACAAUGUUACUAGUCAGUCAGUCAAUGUCGACAUUUCAAAAAACCUACAUCCAGAAGCAUUUACGAACUGUAAACCUGAUAGUUCAAGUAUCGAUACAAGCAAGAGCAUGGAUUUAGCAAAUAACGCUUGGAACAUUUCAGAACGACAUGGGGAGACGGACAAAAGUGAAACUAUUGCUACACAAUCAGCGUGUCUGAGGCCUGAAGACAAGAUUGAUAAGAAUAAAAAUUGCAAGUUUCAACAGCUACAAAAUGGAGAAGAAAACAUGGAAGAAAAUCUUAUUGUAAAAUCUCAUUUGAACCCUCCAAUACUUGACCUGAGCGAUGAUAUUGACUUUCACCUGACCAAGUCCUUUGACGAAAUGAUCAGUGACGACUGUAACUUGAAACAUAGUAGAACUUUGGAUUUGUUCGGAACAGUGGAGCCGUCCUUGAUACCCCCUGAUGUUACCAAUCCUCAUAACUCGUCUUUGGAAUCAACAUCUUUCUAUUCCCUCGAGAAAAACGAAUUCCUUCAGACAGAUUUUGCUACUUGCAAUGAUGUUACAGAUGAAGAAAGGAACAGAAUCGUUGAAAAGUUACUGACUGAGACGGAAGAUAAUUUUUUUGCCAGUGACUAUGAAAUAACCGAUGGGUGUUGCAGCGAUAAUGCGAAAGUGGAUCAGACAAAUGAAGAGACACACGCAAACAAAGUAGUGACGAGAGAUAAUCAAUCUAAGCCAGGUGGAGAUUUCAAAUGUGAUAUUUGUUCCAAAGCCUUUACCAAGUCAAUAUACCUAUACAGACACCUAAGAAAACACACUGGGGAGUUCAAGUGCAACAGCUGUUUUAUGGUGUUUGCACGUAACGAGAAUCUGCAGAACCAUCGACGGAGCUGCUCCAUUGCGAAAGACACACAAGACUCUAUCAGGCAGAUGCGGAUAGUCUGCAAGUAUUGUAGACUCCAGUUCUACUCUCUCUCCUCUUUACAUCAACACAUGGAGGAACAUUACUGCAGUGGUGACACGUGGAGUUGUAGGUGCCAUCUGAUCUCAAAUAGUGCAGAACUUUUUUUGACCCACAACUGCCCUUUCAGCAAUGGGAAGACGUGCACAUUAUGCGGCAAAAAGUUUAACUCCCAAAAAGAGUUUAUUGAACACAAAAACUAUCCGACUUUAAGAACUCACGUUAAACCAGAUCGUUCCCUACUUUGUGAGUUUUGUGGGAUUAUGCACACAAGCAUUACAGGGGCUCGUCUCCAUAGACACAGACAUCAUGAAAAAACCUACAGCUGUUCAACUUGUGGAGAAAGAUUUUCCAGAAUGGAUGGACUAGUGAUUCAUUCACAAAAGCACGAAAAUGUUUUAUGGGAGUGUCCAAUCUGUUUGAAGAAGCUCAAAAGUGAAAAAGGCCUCUCCCACCACCAGAAAAGCAUGCACACUGAACCUUCGCACACUUGCAGAUUUUGUGAUAAGAUCCAUGGAAAGUCAGUGUUCCAGUGUGAAGAUUGCCAAGAAGUUUUUACACAGAAAUUGCAACUUUGCAAACAUAGAAGCAGGCAUUUGAGAUACCAGUGUGCUUAUUGCAAAGUACAAUGCCGUUACAGGAGCUCUCUGAAGAGACAUCUCGCUGCUUUUCACAAGGACAAGUCUAAGGAAUGGGACAAUACUCAAUUCCUAACUAAUGUGCAACAGGUAAAAGUUUCAAUAAACAAACACGCUGAGGGAAGGGAAGAAGGUGGUUCUGUGCCUACAGUUCACAAUGCUUCCGCCAGUAACAUACUGCAAACUGCUGCAGACGAUUUGAUGGAGGAAGACAACGUCGAUGAUCCCGAUGAAGCCAUGGAGGAUGUGCAAAUGCCAGAUAUUUCUCAGCUGACUACUACAAACCUGGUCACAACCAUGGCAGAUGGUAACACUCAGAAUGUCUCGUUCGACAUAAAUGUUCUACAAGGAACUGACGACAUACAACAGUUAGUCAGCUUGGAUGGAGAAGUUCUCUCGAUGCCUGUUGCUUUUGUUCAAGAUAUUCCCUCUCCCUCUGGCCUCACAACGCUAGAUGAUCAGUGCCCAGUUGUGAUGAACUUCCCGGUUGUUUUGCCUGACGGAUGUUUGCUGUUAAACAACGACUUGGUGACCAAACAGCCAUCAGAAGAUGACUCGACUUUGAUUAACAUCAGUGACAUUCAAACGAUAAGUGGAUCUACAAGUGCUUUUAUUUUGACUGACGAAUCAGUCAGUGAAUCAGACCAGCUGUUGUCAGACAACGUUCUGUACUACGUCAUUGAUCCAGCCGCCACUGAAUCAAUGGAGUAAAUACUUAUUGUGUGUUUACACUAUUUAUUUUGUUUUCUUUAGACUCUUGUAGAUUGAUCAUGUGUUAUGUAGAUCAUUAUUUGACAUUACUUUGUCUUUAACUUUCCACUGUAUUAUUUUUGCUUUUCAAAGAUAAUAUUAAUUCAGUAAUUAUUAUUGAGAGAUCAUGGAUUUUUUAUUUGUAUUGAUUUACGCCACGCAGAUAAGCUGCAGUCAAUAUUUUGGCCUCAUAAAGUUCAAGUUGAAAUUAAAUGUGGUUCCUUACACCAUUUAAGACUGAUAGUGGUUUAGAUGCAAUUUACAAUUGUUAAUCUUGGUUAUUUGUAUUUUUUAUAUGUCCUGUUUCAUUUUUCCCUUCAUAAGGUAUUUAACACGAUUAUAUUUUAUAUUGUAUCUGUGUGAAGAUCAUCAGGUUUUUUUCAGUGUUAAGAACCCGUUAGCUACAAACUAAAAUCUUACCAUCCAUUUCCAGGAACAAAAUUGUAAAAGGUUUAAUAAUUAUAAAGGAAUCAUUCAGUUAAUAGAGUUCAUUUGGAUAUAAAAUUCCUUAAAGCCAAAUUGUAAAUAAGCCGUUUAUUGUACAUUUUCUACAUUUUGGGAAAACAUAAACUUAGAUGCAAAAUCAAGCAGUGAUUUAUAUUUUACAAAUUUGUAAGUUGUUUAAUCCGGCUAAUCGUAGUGAUGACAUUUUAUUUUAGUUAACAUACAUUUGAUGUGUUCAUAAUAUAAAUAAUGAUCUGUUUUGUUUUUAUUUAAUUAAAAAAAGGCAAAGUAUUGAUUUCCUCUGUAUAUAAUGUAUAUUGUCACAGAAAACAUACUACUAUAACCCAGAAUGCC